UGUAAGCCUGCUGGCGUGGCAGACAAAAAUGCAAUCUCCGAUGCCAGAAUGACAGCAAGCACAUUCAAUGAAGCAAGACAUAAUCCGAAGUAUGGCCGACUUCAUGAAAGGAGGGGGCAUGGAGCAUGGUGUCCUAAGGCCAAAACUAACAGAAAAGACUAUCUUCAAGUUGAUAUGGGUACAGUGCUGUCUGUUUGUGCUGUGGCCUCCCAAGGAGAAAGGAUAUACCCUUUAUGGACCACUAGCUACAAACUGUACCUAUCCACAGCCGGUGUAACCUGGAACGCUUACGAGGAAACUAGCACUGCGAAGGUUUGA